AUGGUUGAAUGGAAGUCCACAUUGCAAUGGAAAAAGUGCAAAUAUUCUUCCUUCGUGAGAGUGCAAUCACCCUUCCUUCGUGAAGUGAUAGUUAGAGGUGACAUCACAGGCCUUGAUUAUGAUGAAAUGUCAGAAUGCAUCAAAGCUAUUACGAAAUUUAAUUUUGUCCAUGUGCAGAAAAAGGAGGAUAAAGAAAAAGCAUCUCAGUUUUAUUAUAAUAUGAUGAAGAAGCGUUUCUAUUAUGAUGACAAUAAAGAAAGAGGUCUAAUACACUUUUAUGAUGCGACUUAUUAUAAUUCUACUCAAAAGGUUGUUUAUAAAAUGGAUACUGAGACAGCUAAUACUGGAACCUCAACUUCUGUUUUAUCAAGAGUUGAGAUUAGCGAUCAUAAUAAUAUAAAUGAGAAUGAGAGGUCUAAAAAACGUAAAAUAACUGAAAAGAGAAAAUCUCCUGAAUCUCCUGUCAGUGUGGUAUACGUGCUCUAUGAAGACAACCAUAUAUUUAAUAUAGCUUUGCAUACACCUGGCAUUAGAAACAAAGCGGAUCUCUUAGUCUCUUCUGUUAGCGAUAAGUUGAUCAUUAUUGAGAAGAAUUUCAGACCGUUCAAAGCAGAAGUGGAACUUCCAAGCGGAAUUAAAACCAUUUCUGUUAAAAUUGAAAUUGAGCAUGGUGUGUCAACUGUUACAUUGGAAAAAAGCAAAAAAGUUUUUGAAAUAAUCUAA